CUCUCUCUCUCUCUCUCUCUCUCUCUGUGUCAUCAGCAAAAUCAGAAAUUGUUGCAGAAAGAAAACACCAUCACUGACUCAGCACUCUGCUACUCGAGAGGAAGGAGAGGAGACCAGGCCAGUACCAGUGUACCACCAUAUCCUUUCCAAGUUAGUUACUCAACGGUUAUUGUCCCCCGCUUUCCCCAUUUUGACCCUCCUCCCCUCUCCCCCCCCAAGCUCCCAACCAUGAUCACCGCCCACGACUUCUACACCGUCCUCUCCGCCGUCGUCCCCCUCUACGUCGCCAUGAUCCUCGCCUACGGCUCCGUCCGCUGGUGGAAGAUCUUCUCCCCCGACCAGUGCUCCGGCAUCAACCGCUUCGUCGCCAUCUUCGCCGUCCCCCUCCUCUCCUUCCACUUCAUCGCCAAGAACGACAUCUACGCCAUGAACCUCCGCUUCAUCGCCGCCGACACCCUCCAGAAGCUCAUCAUGCUCUCCGCCCUCGCCCUCUGGGCCAACUUCACCCGCAACGGCUCCCUCGAGUGGAUGAUCACCAUCUUCUCCCUCUCCACCCUCCCCAACACCCUCGUCAUGGGCAUCCCUCUCCUCGAGGCCAUGUACGGCCCCGGCCCCUCUAAGCGCGACGACGCCGGCGGCCUCAUGGUCCAGGUCGUCGUCCUCCAGUGCAUCAUCUGGUACACCCUCCUCCUCUUCCUCUUCGAGUACCGCGGCGCCAAGAUCCUCAUCAUGGAGCAGUUCCCCGAGACCGCCGCCUCCAUCGUCUCCUUCAAGGUCGAGUCCGACGUCGUCUCGCUCGACGGCCACGACUUCCUCGAGACUGACGCCGAGAUCGGCGACGACGGCAAGCUCCACGUCACCGUCAGGAAGUCCAACGCCUCCAGGCGGUCCCUCGGCCCGGGCUCCUUCUCCGGCCUGACCCCGAGGCCCUCCAACCUCACCGGCGCCGAGAUUUACAGCCUGAGCUCCUCCCGGAACCCGACCCCGAGGGGGUCCAACUUCAACCAGUCCGACUUCUACUCCAUGAUGGGAUUCGCCCCGAGGCGGUCCAACUUCGGGUCGGCGGAUCUGUACUCGGUCCAGUCGUCGCGCGGCCCGACCCCGAGGCCAUCCAAUUUCGAGGAGAACUCUGCGGCAAUGGCACAGUCCAUACCGUCUCCGAGAUUUGGGUUCUACCCGGCACAGACAGUUCCGACCGCAUAUCCGGCUCCGAAUCCAGAAAUCGCAUCCGCUUUCACCAAAAACAGUAAGAACCCGCAGCAACAGCAGCCAAAGCAGGAAGGAAAAGCCAACCACGACGCCAAGGAACUCCACAUGUUCGUGUGGAGCUCCAGCGCGUCGCCGGUGUCCGAAGGCGGCGGGCUCCACGUGUUCGGGGGGACCGAAUUCGGAGCGUCCGAGCAAUCUGGACGGUCCGAUCAGGGCGCCAAGGAGAUCCGGAUGAUUGUCGCUGACCAUCCACCCAAUGGCGAAACCAAAGCGGUUGCGGAAGCUGAGGGCUUGGGUGGGGAUGACUUCAGCUUCGGUGGGAAAGGCGGAGGUGGAGACGAGGAGAGAGAGCACAAGGAGGGCCCCGCCGGUCUGACCAAGCUGGGGUCCAGCUCCACGGCGGAGCUGCACCCGAAGGCCGCGGGGGCUGCCGAGCUAGGCGGCGGAGGCGAGGGCGGGAAGCAGAUGCCCCCGGCGAGCGUCAUGACCCGCCUGAUCCUCAUCAUGGUGUGGCGCAAGCUCAUCCGCAACCCGAACACCUACUCCAGCCUCAUCGGCCUCACCUGGUCUCUCAUCGCCUUCCGGUGGGACGUGACAAUGCCGGUAAUAAUAAGCGAGUCGAUCGAGAUUCUGGCCCGUGCCGGGCUGGGAAUGGCUAUGUUCAGCUUAGGUCUGUUCAUGGCUUUGCAACCCAAGAUCAUCGCGUGCGGGAACUCGGUGGCCUCGUUCGCCAUGGCGGUGAGGUUCCUCACCGGCCCGGCCGUGAUGGCCGCCGCUUCCAUCGCCAUCGGCUUGCACGGGAGACUCCUUCACAUCGCCAUUGUCCAGGCUGCACUUCCGCAAGGCAUCGUGCCGUUCGUGUUCGCCAAAGAGUACAAUGUCCAUCCUUCCAUUCUUAGCACGGGGGUGAUUUUCGGGAUGUUGAUAGCGCUGCCGAUUACCUUAGUGUAUUACAUCCUUCUCGGGCUGUGAACUUCCUCGACGGGCUCGGAUCGAUCGAAGGAAGCGGGAGCUCCGAUUAACUUUUAGAUUGGGGAGCAAGAGGAGGAAGGG